GUUUUUUAUUAUUAUUAUUUUUUGAUCCAGGGCAACGGCUAUCUGCGAUUCUCUCGUUCACUGAUCUGAGUUCUCUGACUUUUGACGCGCUGACACUCCCUGGGUGGGAAAAGGAAAGGAAUGGAUUAUCCGCACGGCUCUCGCCGGGGCCGUAAUGCCGCGGCCAAACACGAGUUAUACUCAACGGUUGUCAUCCACUCUGGAUCCGAAUCAGAAUCCGACUCCGAUUCCCGUAAAUCCAAACCUAACCCGCAACCGCCUCGCGAACCGGACCCUUACGCCACAAUGCUUUUUAAAGACGGAGACGAAGAAGACGAAGACGACUCCUCCCUCCCUCCUCUCCUUAAACGUCUGCCUAAAGACUUCGGCGGCGGAGGCGGCGGUCCUGCCGACUUCGACGACGAUGACGAAGCUGGAGAUUUCGGAACUGUGAUCGUGAAAACCGAUCGCGGACGUAAAACUCGCGGUCAAACGUCCUAUUUGUUUAAGCCACCGGCGGCGGCGGUGGUGAGCCCGAUGAGGGCAAGGAGAGAUGAAGUGGACGUUGAUGAUGACGAGGAGGAUGAGGAUGGUGACGGGGAAGGUUUUGGGACGUUUGUGGUGAGAUCGACGGUGAGGAAUGAGAAGGAAGGGAGCGGGACGGUGGUGAAGAGAGCAGUGGCGAGUAUGGGAGAGUUAGGGUUUGGGAAGCAAAAGAGAUCUACUUCGAGUGCGUCUUUGCAAGGGGAAGAGAAUCGGUUCUUUCAAAACAGUAAGGUUUCCUCAAGCUCGAUUCCCGAUAGCGUUACUAGAGAAGAUCCUUCCACUAAAUAUGAGUUGCUCAAUGAGCUCGGGAAAGGAUCUUACGGGGCUGUUUACAAGGCUAGAGAUAUAAGAACUUCAGAGCUUGUUGCCAUUAAAGUUAUAUCUUUAAGCGAAGGGGAAGAAGGGUAUGAAGAAAUUCGUGGUGAAAUUGAGAUGUUGCAACAAUGUAGUCAUCCAAAUGUUGUUCGGUACCUUGGGAGCUACCAAGGGGAAGAAUAUCUUUGGAUAGUAAUGGAAUACUGUGGAGGUGGAAGUGUUGCUGAUUUGAUGAAUGUUACGGAGGAGCCUUUAGAGGAGUAUCAGAUAGCAUAUAUCUGUCGGGAAGCUUUAAAGGGCCUUGAUUAUUUGCACUCAAUUUUCAAAGUUCAUCGAGAUAUUAAGGGUGGUAAUAUCUUGUUAACUGAACAAGGAGAGGUCAAGUUGGGUGAUUUUGGGGUAGCAGCACAGCUUACAAGGACCAUGUCAAAGCGUAAUACUUUUAUUGGCACUCCUCAUUGGAUGGCUCCAGAAGUUAUUCAGGAAAGUCGCUAUGAUGGAAAGGUAGAUGUGUGGGCACUUGGUGUAUCUGCAGUUGAAAUGGCAGAGGGGCUUCCUCCAAGAUCAGCAGUGCAUCCAAUGAGGGUUUUGUUUAUGAUAUCGAUUGAGCCAGCUCCGAUGCUUGAGGACAAAGAAAAAUGGUCUCUUGUAUUUCAUGAUUUUGUUGCUAAGAGCCUUACAAAGGAUCCACGACUACGCCCUACAGCAUCUGAGAUGCUGAAGCACAAAUUCAUUGAGAAAUGCAAAUGUGGAGCUUCUGUAAUGUUGCCAAAGAUUGAGAAGGCUAAGCAAAUAAGGGCUGCAAUGGUUCAACAAGCACAAAUUCUUGCUCCUACCGUUUCAGGACUUAAUCAGCCAUUGGUAGGUUCAAAGUUAAAUGAGGAUUAUGGAGAUACUGUUCCAUCAAUGCCUCAGAAUAUGGGUCUUCAAGUUGCAAAUGAGGCUCCUGCAACUGGCACUUUGAAGAAGCAUCACUUAUCAGAUGGUGUGGAAGUGACAGGUGAAGGUGAGUUUGGCACUGUAAUAGUUCAUGGUGGGGAUGAGUUGCAGAAGUCAUUUGCUCAAAGUCAACUUCACAGAGGUAAAGAAGCUUCAACUGCUCUUGAACAUGCUGACAGCUCCUUGAUUAAUGGCACAGGGCGCCAUUUAGCUGAAUCAGGGGUGGAUAACAGAAGGGGUGCUUUGGCAAACAAUACUACAAUGGAAGAAUCACAUUUAAUGGCUCAGGGAUCUUCUCCUUCAAUAUUUGUCCCUCCUGAACUGAGUUCAGAUAUUGUUCAGCAGGCAAAGGCAAAAGGUGGCAGUGAAAUCCGCAGUAGCACAUUGAAGAAUGAAACUGUCAGCAAGAAAGCUUUUGCUUUGCAAGAUAAGCUAUUUUCGAUAUAUGCAGCUGGUAAUACAGUACCCAUUCCAUUCUUGAGGGCCUCGGACAUAUCCCCAAUUGCCCUGCUGUCGGACAAUGUCCUUGGAAGCACGCAGCAGGAUAGUAAUGGAACUGUGGCAGUGGAAGCACUGCAGGAACUUUUUGCUGGUGAUGGGCAACCAAAGAAAGGUCGAAGAGCACAAAACGAGUUUAACAUGCUACAGAUGCCACUUCCACCUAGCGUUUACCAAAGACUCACUUCAAGUUCUACACUAAUGAAUCUGGCGCAGGCCCUAGCUUACCAUAAAAUGUGCUAUGAUGAGAUGCCACUGCAAGAGCUGCAGGCGACCCAGGAGGAGCAGACCAUUCAAAACCUAUGUGACACACUACGAACCAUUCUCCGGUUGUAGAUAGUUUAUAUGCUACAUUUUUUUUUUGUUCAUGUUAUUUUUCUUAUCUCCUUAUGUUGUAAGGUUGCAUGAUAGCAAAAAUGAAUGUAAUCAAAUUUUCUUCUAUCAUAUAUUUCCUUCAUCAUCUAUGAUAAGAAAACCAAACCAAUGGUGUUUCAUCAUCGUCUGUGCAAAGAUUGGCUGUUGAUGGAUUAAGCUCUAGCUAACCAAAAUGAGAAAACGAACACGAUGAAAGAAAUUAUGGGAAGAAUUUUUUAUCAAUUCGUAAGGUUUAAUAUAAAUAAAUUUAGUAUAAUUAUGUAUCUUUGAAUUGGU